GAAAAAACGGAUACGUUACAGCGUUGCUUCCGCGUGUUGCAGAAGAGACGUACGCGCCAUUAGGAUCAUGCCGAAGUUUUAUUGCGACUACUGCGAUACGUAUCUCACCCAUGAUUCGCCUUCAGUCCGUAAGACUCACUGUAGUGGGAGGAAGCACAAGGAGAAUGUAAAAGAUUAUUAUCAGAAGUGGAUGGAAGAGCAGGCACAGAGCCUAAUUGACAAAACCACUGCUGCAUUUCAACAAGGAAAGAUACCCCCAACACCUUUUGCGGCUCCGCCAGCUGGAAGUGCCAUGAUCCCACCACCUCCAAGCAUGGGUGGGCCUCCUCGACCUGGAAUGAUGCCUGCUCCCCCCAUGGCUGGCCCUCCUAUGAUGCCGAUGAUGGGACCACCUCCUCCAGGAAUGAUGCCAGUGGGCCAUGGUCCUGGUAUGAGACCACCCAUGGGAGCUCACAUGCCUAUGAUGCCUGGCCCACCCAUGAUGCGUCCACCGACACGCCCUAUGAUGCUACAGUCCCGGCCUGGCAUGGCACGCCCUGACCGAUAGAAUUUUUACAGUUAUUUGUAGCUGUGCUAAACUUUGUAGUAUGGAUGCUUAUUGCAGUUCAUGCAAAUCAAGAAAAUCACAGCACUCGUACAAGUGUGCCUGCUCUGUAUUGCCAAAAAUUGGUGCAAAACCCAUCGAUGUUAAUUCUCUAAUAUAAUUUGCUCUGAAUUUAAAGGGUAUCAAACAUGCUUAUAUAUUCCAGUAUUCCAACUUACUGCAGGUACGGAAAAGUGCAAAGUGCAUUUGUUUAAACUUGAUUUCGGAAAUGUGAUGUCAAGUCUUGACAGUGUCCUAUGUGUUUGCCAUGAGCACACAAGAUGCAGAAAUUUUUUUUUGUUGUGAUUUUGUACCUAGAGAAAUGUAAACUGUUUUAUCACCAAAAAACAUACGACUUCUUUUUGUAUAUAAGAAUUUCUGUCACCAAACUAUGUAAAAGUAUUAUUGUAGAAGUAUUGUUUUUUUAUAGUAUUUUUUUUGCAGGGACAAAAGUACAUUACUACAGUUUUCACAUUUUGCCCAUUGUCAUGUUCCAGAAUUUUGCUGGAAUAGGCGUAUAAAAAUGUUUUAUAACCCACAACUCUAGCUUUGACUGGAAUAUGGCAUUGCAUAUUUACAUCUGUUUAAAAUGUUUUUAAUUCUACUUUUGACAAUUGUAGUAAAAUAGUUAUCAAUUAAAGAUUUUUAGUUGCUGUUGUAA